AUGCCAAAUAGACAUAUUUCAGAUCGUUAAGGCAGUGAAGAAAAUAAUAAAAAUACGAGUUUUUCUAGGUUAAUGUCAUUGUGAUUGAUUUUUGUCAAUAUUGCUGGAAAAGUAUUAUCAGUUUUCGUAAACUGUAUUUUUAAUAAGGAAAUCAAAUAAUUUGUGAGUUUAUCUUUUUCAUUUUACAAAAUUCAACAUGACUACUGCCGCUAGGCCAACAUUCGAGCCAGCUAGAGGUGGACAAGGAAGAGGAGAAAAAGAUCUUAGUGCCAUCUCUAAACAAUAUUCCAGUAGAGAUUUGCCUGGCCAUACAAAAUUGAAAUUCAGAGAGCAUGGACAGGGAACAACAGAUGAGCUUCGCAGCCGUGACUUCCGCAAGGACUUGGAAGAGAGAGAGAAGGAUAAGGACAAGAGUGGCCGCAGGCUCAUCGACUCACGUGAUCAAACCUCACAUAAACGGCUGAAGUUGGACCAGGUGCCAGCGGCCAGUCUGGACGCGGAUGACCCUCUCCACGAGGACGACUCGGACUCGGGCGCCGACUCGGACGAGGAGGACACGGCGCAACUGCUGGCCGAGCUGGCUCGCAUUAAGAAGGAGCGCGCCGCCGAGGCGCUCAGGAAGGAGGCCGAGCGUCAGCACGAGGAGGAGCGCAUUCGCAUGGAGAACGUUCUCAGCGGCAAUCCCCUCCUCAACUAUGCCGCGCAGGCGCCCAAGUCCGAUCUCAAGGUGAAGAGACGAUGGGACGAUGACGUGGUUUUCAAGAACUGUGCUCGAUCAGAGCCCGAUAAGAAAAAUAGUGAAUUCAUCAAUGACUCGCUGCGCUCUGAAUUCCACAGGAAGUUCAUGGAGAAAUAUGUGAAAUAAUGAACUAUUCACUUCUUGUGUAUCUUUUCUACAUCCAUUGACUUUGACUUGUAUAAUAUUUGUUCUAUUUAAUAACACCUUCAGGAUUUCCACAGUUGUUUGGUGUUUUGGAGUAAAAAUUUCAGAUUAGAUUAUAAGAAUUCGUUAGAAUUAUGUUAAUUGUAUACGUAAAUAAACUUUCAAUCAUUAAUUGAAA